AUGAUCGCCACAAAUGCCGAUUUUCAGGUGUGCUGGGAGUGGAUUGAUGCUUUGGAGCGUGCACCACGUUUGAAAGACCCUCGUGUCGUGUCCAGCUCUCAACUGAGUAUCUACUACGCCUAUCACAUGAUUUCCCGAGUACAGGAGCGGAUGCCUCGUCGUGCCAAUCAUGCUCAGGCGCGAGCGGAUGCGUGGCGUCGAAUCAAACGAAGCUUUGAUUAUCUGUGGUCGGCCGCCGUCCAACUAUGGAAGCCUUUUGAACUGGAUCGUCUUGACAUUCUCUGCAGCUGGUCCUAUCUAGCGCUACAGUUUUCUGAUGCCGUUGACGAAGAUACACUGGAACUUAUCGAGACGGCGAAGUGUCAAGCAGCACAUGUCCUCGCGACUACGAUCGUUGUCGAGAACGCUCAUCAGGCGAAUCAACGAGUGGCAACAGUUGAGAGAAAUCUCAAGGAGGCAAAGGCAUUGGCUGAGAAAUUGGGGAAGAAGAUACCAUAA